UAUCCGGAAUAGCCGGAAAAGGAAAGGCACGAAUUUUGUUCUUUUUUUUGUCAGUGCAUGUGUGUAUUUUGCGCCAAACUUAAGAUCAAUAUUGGCUAGGUUAAGAAGCGCAGUGAAAACUUUUGUUUACGCCAUGAAGUAUAUUUUAGUAACGGGUGGUGUCAUUAGUGGAGUAGGUAAAGGCGUCAUAGCAAGUUCAUUUGGCACAAUUUUGAAAUGCUGUGGAGUGCGAGUUACUUGUAUAAAAAUUGAUCCUUACAUCAACAUCGACGCAGGCACGUUUUCGCCAUAUGAGCAUGGUGAAACAUAUGUUCUGGACGAUGGAGGCGAGGUUGACUUGGAUUUGGGCAACUAUGAGCGAUUCUUGGAUGUCACUCUUCAUCGUGACAAUAAUAUUACCACUGGUAAAAUUUACCAGCAGGUUAUCAGCAAAGAGCGCAAAGGAGAUUACCUUGGGAAGACGGUACAAGUUGUUCCUCACAUAACUGAUGCUAUCCAAGAGUGGGUUGAAAGAAUUGCUCACAUUCCUGUAGAUGAGAGCAACGAAGCUCCUCAGGUUUGCAUUGUUGAACUUGGUGGUACCAUUGGUGACAUCGAAGGAAUGCCUUUUGUUGAGGCUUUCCGCCAAUUUCAGUUCCGAGUCAAAAGAGAGAACUUUUGCUGUGCCCAUGUGUCUCUUGUCCCUCAGCCCCGCUCUACUGGCGAGCCAAAGACAAAGCCCACACAGUCUAGCGUUCGAGAGUUGCGCGGUCUUGGUCUCUCUCCAGACCUCAUUGUUUGCAGGAGUGAAAAGCCCAUUGGACAGUCAGUUAGAGAUAAAGUGUCAAACUUCUGCCAUGUUGGACCUGAGCAAGUUAUUUGUAUACAUGACUUAUCAUCAGUUUACCGUGUUCCAAUUCUCAUGGAGGGCCAAGGUUUGGUCGACUUCAUCAGUGAACGUCUUCACCUGAACUUGACUCUACCCCAGCCUAAGUCAUACAUGAUGAAGUGGAGAAAUUUAGCUGAUAGAUUUGACUUCACUCAGUCUCAAGGUGCCCCUGAUGUAGAACCAACUGAAAAAGGCUCAAUUGAAGUUGUGCGAAGAGAAUCGUGCUGUGUUGUUGGAGUGGAUCUACUAAGGAAAGAAGUCACUAUUGCUCUUGUAGGGAAAUAUACCAAGCUUGAAGACUCCUAUGCGUCUGUACUAAAAGCACUUCAACAUGCUGCUAUUGAAGUUGGCUACAAAUUGAAUGUUUCAUUGAUUGAAGCUGCCAACUUAGAAAAAGAGAUGAAAAUGGAGGACCCAGUAAUGUAUCACAAAGCUUGGCAAACUUUGUGCAAGAGCAAUGGUGUCAUUGUUCCUGGUGGUUUUGGCAAACGAGGCUUUGAAGGGAAACUUGAAGCCUGCCAGUGGUGCAGAGAAAUGCAACGACCAUUUUUGGGAAUAUGCCUUGGUCUUCAGUCAGCUGUGGUGGAAUUUUCGCGAAAUGUUUUAAAGCUUGAUAAGGCAAAUAGCACAGAAGUUGACCCAGACACCCCACAUCCUCUUAUUAUUGACAUGCCUGAGCACAAUCAAGGGCAGAUGGGAGGCACCAUGCGUCUGGGCAAACGCACUACAGUUUUUACCUCAGAUAAAUCAGUAAUGAAACAAUUGUAUGGCAAUAAGCAAUCUGUUGAAGAACGGCAUCGCCACCGAUUUGAAGUCAACCCUAAGUAUGUUAAGCAGCUAGAGGCUGCAGGGCUUAAAUUCACAGGUCAUGACACGGAGAACAAAAGGAUGGAGAUAUUGGAAUUAGAAAAUCAUCCUUACUAUGUUGCCACUCAGUACCAUCCAGAAUAUCUGUCACGACCCCUCAAGCCAUCUGCACCGUUUAUGGGUCUUAUCUUAGCAUCUGUUGGGAAGCUAAAGCAGUAUUUAGAACACUGCAACUCUUUGAACCCUUCAGAUGUGUCGGAAGACUCAGAAUUUCUUUUUUUGUCUGCAGAUGAUUUAGAAGCUAUGUCAACGUCCGUUGACAAAAUGCGGUUGGACAGUGCCACAGAUAACAUGGCAUAAAUUAAAAUAAAUUUAAAAGCAGAGAAGAAAGUUAAAGGCUUUAAUUAUGUUCAGUGCUUCCUGUGUCAGAAAGCCUUGUGGUUCAAGAGUUUUUAUCAGACGGCUGUGGAAUUAGUGCCAGACCAGGCUCUUUUUAUAGAUUUACUUGAUGCAGGGUUUUGUACUAUGUCAAUUAGAACAUUCCUAUUGAAAGGAUACAUUGCAAAAUUGGAAAAAAAGUUACGAUUUUAAAUAAAUCCAAUAUACAAGUUUA